AUGAGCGAGGCCCUUUUGUACCUCUGGAAGUACCGACGGAGUGAGAUGCUGAUGCUGCUGCUGCUGGAUGAGUUGCAGCCACGUGACGCAGCCCGGGCCUUGCCAGCUGGCUUCAGCCGUCCCGCGUCAGCCACCCUUCAACACCUCAAGGACCGUCUGGCCGAGAAAGACCCCGCGAUCGACCUGGAGGAGUUCGUUUCCCCGGACCUCACCGUGAUGCGUUUGCUCUUGAAAAAUUGCCAACUUUGUUUGGACGAGGCUGAACGCGCUCUCCACCCACCACAGCCGACCACCACCGACGCACAGGAGGUACCGCCAACGCCGAUCGCAUCCACUCACGAGGCUACCGAACCCAAAUCACUGGAUUCCGAGGAUCCGGUCGUCGACGACGAGUGUCUGGAGGCCAUCGUCGAUGAGUCGGACCUGGCGCCAACUGAUCUGGACAGCUUCUAUGACGAAUGGGAUUUUUCCGGUCGGCCAAUCACCAAGGCUGAGGUGAGCUCUGUUGCAUGCGUUUUUGACGCCUCUAUGGGGUCCCUAGGUUGGCAGUUAUUCUCCCAUUGCAUCGACUAUUUGAUAACAGUUUAG